AUGGACUUUGGAAUGUAUAAUGAUGCCGAAAGGCAACAAAUUCAGAAAAUAAUUGAACAAAAGCAGAUGCGAGAUUUUUUGAAAUUUUAUACCAAUUUAGUUGAUAGAUGUUUUAAUGAUUGUAUCAAUGACUUUACUUCAAAAUCUUUAACUUCAAAAGAGGAAAAAUGUAUUAGCUAUUGUACCGACAAAUUCUUAAAACAUAAUGAACGUGUGGGUCAACGUUUUGGCGAAUUAAAUCAACAAUUAAUGCAGCAACAGCAACAAUCUUAG